UUGAAGAAAAUGUUCAAGAAGAAAGAUAAAGAGCUGGACCAAAUGAUGAAUCACAAAAUAGAAGUAAAAGAGCUUAAAGAGACAAUUGAGCAGCUGAAGGGAGAAAAUGAAGACACAAAGAAGGCGUUGAAAGCCACGAUCACAGGGAUGCAGAGGCACUAUCAGAAAACAGAAGCCGAUAGAACGAAUGAGGUGAACAUUGUGCACUUUAGCAAAAACAACCACCACAGGAAAACACUGACAGACCUCAAGUCAAUGGAGGAGCUUGGACGACCACAAAAAUGGGCGUUCACGGUCCCACUGAACCACCGUGGAGACACCGUUAAACCCAUCACAGAGACAGAGCAGAAUGGACUGGUCAUGAUGGACAAUGACGUCGAGAAGAGGGAGACUGCAAACAAAGUGUGGCAAGUGGAGGCUGACUGGACUCCGACAUGGCUGAGGGCUGGAGGCGCUGCACUGGGAGCUGCUGUUGGAGUUCUUGCUGGCUCCUCCCGGGUGGCUGCAGGGUUGAGUACCAGGUCAGCUGUUGGGGCUGCCGCUGGGGCUGUAGUGGGCAGCUUACUGGUUCAAGGAGCCAGGACCCAGAAGAGGAAUAUGGAGUCGACUCCAACAGCAAGUGAGUCUCUCCCGUGAGAUAUCAUGGAUAAAAACAUCAGGAUGAAGGCUGGGGAUCGUCCACCG